AUGGACACUUCGAUGCAGGCCACCUUUGACAUCUAUGCCCAGUAUGAAUGGGCUUCUCGGGCCAAGUUGAAUCGCGGCAAGUCAAAGGGUUUGGUGUUAGGUGCCUGGAAAAAUCGUGUGGACACCCCUUUUGGUAUUCAGUGGGUGAAGGAGUUGUCUUUGCUUUGUGCCACCAUCAGUGCUGGCGACUACUCUGCGGCCACUUGGGAGGCUCCUGUCGCUAAGGUAGAGAAGCGCUUGUCGUCCUGGAAGGGGUGUCAGCUUACUUUUCAUGGUAAGGCAAUGGUCAUCAACACCUUGGUCCAGUCCCAAAUCUGGCACUUGUGCCAUGUCUUUCCCAUUCCGGAGUGGGCCAAGAAGCGUAUUGUCAAGGCCACCUGGGAUUUUUUCUGGUCGGGUCGCCGCAAAUUGGUUGCCCGUCAUACCAUUUGUUUUCCCAAGGGUCAAGGGGGCUUCGGGCUCAUCGACUUUGACCUGAAGGCAAAGGCUUUUCCCAUUCAGUGGGUGAAAUGUUACUUUGCUCCUACACCUGCUAAAUGGAAAGCCUUUUUCAGUUUCUUUUGUAUGUCGUGUUUGUCCGUCGUGCCCAUGGAAGUUUUCUCCACUUCCACUUUUUCAGAGUAAGAAAAAAGCUGUCCCUCACCGCCCUGCUCGUCCUUCUGCAAGACCGGUCAACAACAACCAUAGGACAUUGCAUUAUAAUCCUUUCAAAGCUAGAAGGGUCCAAAGUUUAUAUAGGAUUUCCAAGAAGCGGGCUGCAAGGCAAGUGAUCUGUGAUAAUAAGCCUUCUUACUCUGGCUCAGUGGAUGAGGCUAAUCACUUUUUCACUCAAGUAUUUGGUGAGAAAAAUGUUGAUGUGAAUGCGGUGAAGAAAGGAUUUGACACUUUGGGCAAUCCAAUUACAUCGGAUAAAGUAUCCAAGAAACUAUGUUCCUUGUUGAACUCUGCACCUGGUGCUGAUAGGGUUGAAUACUGUCACCUGAAGUCUAUUGACCCGAAAGGAUCGAUCUUAUGUAACAUCUAUAAUCGAUGUCUUCUUGAGAAUGAAGUCCCUGCGCAGUGGAAAACAUCUCAAACAGUACUCAUUCACAAAAAAAAUGAUGCUAGUGAUGUAUCCAACUUCCAUCCCAUUCACUUAUCAGCUGCAUAUACAAGUUGUUCAUGA